CCCUGUCCACCCACAACUCCCGCUUCCACCGCGAGAUGGGCUGCUCCAGCAAGGGCUUCACCAAGAUCCAAUACACCGACCACUAACUCGAGAUCUAGACCAACGGGAAGCAGCGAACGAGGAGGCGCCACCAGGACAGCGAAGGCGAAGGCGAAGACGGAGGCGGAGGAGCAGGCGGGGCCACCAUGCUGCCGCAGCAGUACUGCCUGCGGUGGAAGUACCACCACAGCAACCUGCAGACCAUGUUCUCGCAGCUCCUGGACCGCGGCUGCUUCUGCGACGUGACCCUGGCCUGCGAGGGCCAGCUCAUCCGCGCCCACCGCGUGGUCCUCUGCGCCUGCAGCACCUUCUUCGACGCGGUGCUCUCCAACUACGCCAGCGAGCGCGACCCGAUCAUCAUCAUGAAGGACGUCACCUUCGCGGAGGUCAAGUGCCUCAUCGAGUUCAUGUACAAGGGCGAGAUCAACGUGGAGCACGCCAGCCUUCCCUCGCUGCUGAAGACCGCGGACGACCUCAAGAUCAAGGGCCUGGCCGAGGUGACCUGGCGCGACGACGAGGAGGCGCCGCCCCAAAUGGCCUCCUCCGAGUUCCGCUCGCCGCCGCGCAGUUUGGCCGAGAGCUACGCCCAGGACCUCAUCCUCCAGCACCAGCAGCAUCACCAGCAGCAGCAGCAGCAGCAGCAGCAGCAGCAGCAAUCGCCGGCGGGUCCGCCGCUCCACCUGCACGGCUCCGCGAUCCUGGACAGGGAUGCCCGGGGAGGAUCCCCCAGCGGAGUGGAGGGGGUGCUGGGGCGCCUUCCUGGGAGGACGCCGUUGCCAGGAGCCUCCGGGAGCUGCGCGGGAACUGGAGCCCUCGAGGGCGCCGCCCCCGUGGAGCACUUCCUGGGCCCCAAACGCAAGCGGGGUCGCCCGCCCCUCGACGACGCCUACGACGUGUUCAAUGUGCGCAAGCUCGCCCAGUACGCUGCCCACCUGGAGCCCGCCCAGCGCGGCUUCAUGGAGACGGGGCGCCACUUCCCGGAGGAGGCGCCGCUGCCCUCGCCCGCCGCCUGCCCCCCCAAACAGCGCCAGCGCCUCCGCCACCUGCAGCAGCAGCAGCACCAGCAGCAGCAGCAACUGCUCCACCAGCCGGAGUUCGGGGACCAGGACUCGGUGUCUGGCCAGGAGUGGUCCACCCCGCACCCAGAGCCAGCUGGCAGUCCCGCUCCAGCCGGCAAGGCGUCCAGCAAACAGGAGCCGGAAGUGGGCGACGAGUCCCAGCCGAAGCUGAUCUCCACCAGCGGCAGCGGCGCCUCCAAGAAGCUGGAGAAGAACGGCGAUCGGCGCGAGCGGCACGGCAAGUUGCGCCACUCCAGCCACUCCGGCCAUUCCAGGCUGUACGAGAAGUCCGCGGAGGAGGAGGCGGAGCUGGGGAGCCCCAAGGAGGAGCAGCAGCCGCCGGCGGAGGAGGAGGAGGGCGAGCAGCUGGCGGAGAGCGGAGCGGAGUCGCCCCGCCCCACCAUCCUCAUCCCGGACAGCUUCGCCUGCAAGUUCGAGGGGGGCGUGGCUGCCGAGGGAAGGGGCGCGUCCACAUCUGCAUCUGCAUCCGCAUCCUCAUCCGCAUCCGCAUCCGCAUCCGCAUCCGCAUCUGGUUCUGGGUCGUCGUACUUGAUUAACGAGCACGGCAUCCUGAUGGCCCACGAGUUUGCUCCGAGUGCCGUGGCAAGUGCCGCUGCCACCGCUGCCGUCGCCGUUGCAGCCGCUGCCGCCGCGGUGGCGAGUGCCUCAGCAGUCUCAUCCGGAAGCGGAAAUGGAAGCGGAAACGGAGGCGGAAGCGGUAACGGAAGCGGAAGCCAGGAGGCAGCAGGCAGCUCCGCCGACUAUCCCGACAUCAAGCUGGAGGACUACGAUGCCGCCGAGCUGCGGCUGACGAACGAGGAGCUCUCCCAGUGGCAGGACGUGAUCAAGAUGGACGACUACCUGGCCAAGGGGCGGCGUCCGCAGUUCUGGGAGGAACCCUUCACCAAGCGGGUGUUGGACGCCAUCAAGAACAAGAGACUCGAGAUGAAGAAGGCCGCCCGAGUCCUGGGCGUCUCCUACGGAACUCUUUACGGACGCUACCGCGAGGUGUACGGCUGCCUGAAGCAUCCCUACAGUGGCACUGCGUUUCGGAACUCCGGAUCCGCCUCAGCGAGCCAGUUGGGAGUGCAGCCGCGCUUCGACCUGGGAUUCCGCAACGGAGGAGUCCUCUCGGCCCAGCUGGAGCUGGGCAAGCUGAAGAAGGAUCUGAGCGAGCUCUGGACGCGUCCGCAGAUCUGAGCACCGCUCAGGACCGCCUGCGCCACCACCACCAAGAAACAACUGAAUAUUCCGAAACGACGCCCCAGGUUGAUCUAGGAUCGCAAGGAUAAAAGACAGCGAGCGGAACCGAGGAGGGGCUUGUUUUCGAUCCCGAAGAUUGAUUACGAUCCCGAGACCGAACCUUUCCUGAAUUCCUGAAUUAAUGAACUUAUAAAUUUCUGAAAUCCAGAAUUCGAGGACUCCUGAAUUCCUGAUUUAGUUCCCACAUUACUGGUUGUGCCGCCUUUGGGCCGCAGCCCCAACUGAUCUUUACGUAGAACUUAAGGGUCCUAUUGCAUAAUAUACAUAUAAAUACAUGUCUAUACAUAUAAUUUUAAAGCGCAUUAGUUAAUUGAAAUAUUUAUUAUAAAUACACACAGAUUUGUCUUGGUAGCGAAAUUCAAAGCAUAAACAAUACUUUAAACCUAGAUAAUAGUAAAAAACAAAAGUGAAUUGAAUUUUUUGAUAAGAUACCGAAAACGAUCCCAAACAAUAUGUAUUACACAUAAAAGAUAUGUUCAAAACGACGUAAAAUAACACCUAUUAAACAUAUGCUUAAACCGGAAAA